UGGAAGGGAGGCAGGAAAGCCAGUUCCUGCAGUCCACAAUAUAUGUUUUAAUAAGAUUUUGAACUAGUUUGUUAUAGCACAUUAUUUUAAUAUAUUCUUUUAAAUGAAAAAAUGGAGCUGCUGUGCUACGAAGUGGAUACCAUCAGGAGAGCUCGUCCAGACCCAAAUCUACUGUACGAUGACCGGGUUUUGCAAAACUUGUUAAUCCUAGAAGAACGAUUUUUGCCUCAGGGUUCUUAUUUUAAGUGCAUGCAGAAAGACAUUCAACCUUUCAUGCGGAGGAUGGUUGCAACUUGGAUGCUAGAGGUAUGCGAGGAACAAAAAUGCGAAGAAGAAGUUUUUCCUUUGGCUAUGAACUAUUUGGAUAGAUUUUUAGCUGUGGUACCAAUCAAAAAACGUCAUCUACAGUUGUUGGGGGCAGUUUGCAUGUUCUUAGCAUCCAAAUUGAAAGAGACUUGUCCAUUGACGGCGGAGAAGCUUUGCAUCUAUACUGACAACUCUAUCAAACCAGAGGAGCUGCUGGACUGGGAGCUGGUUGUCUUAGGAAAAUUGAAGUGGAAUCUGGCAGCAGUGACUCCACACGACUUCAUUGAACACAUUGUCAGAAAGCUGCCCCUUCCCACAGAGAAGCUGCCUUUGAUUCGCAAGCACACACAGACGUUCAUUGCUCUCUGUGCCACAG